AUGGCAUUCGAAGCCCAGGAGGUUGGCAUGGAUGAGGUAAUGGCUUUGGCCGCUUCAUCGUUUUGGGACGAGGCAGAAUGGGUCUUGCAAGAGAUGGCCCGCCCCCCUGGCUGUAACCGGACCACCUGGUGGAUCAUGGACAACGACAGUGGCGAUCCCAUGGCAGAUGUCGGCAUUUAG